AUGUUCCUCCCGUUUUCUGCGGACCGAAUCUGUUGCAGCUGCGACCGAUGUGCUCUUGGUACAUGGUUUAUAGGGGGAAAGAUGACUUAUUGGUUAGAACGCUUGGACAACCUGGCAGUGUCGCAGUCCUCAUGCUUUCUUCGGGUGACAUGGCAGCUUCGCACCGAAAGGAUGUUGCAGCUGGUUUAUAACGAGUACUUGCUUCUGGAUGUGCUGGAUGACCUCGCGCUUGCUGACCGGUGCAAACAGGAAAGUAUUCGAAAUCCGCCCAAUAACGUGGUCGGACACCGAACGAGCACCUCCUUCACCGAAGGUCACGGUAUCACUUUACGUGGGAUGUGCAUACCGAGUGUCAACUGA